AUGUCCGACUUGCUUGGCGAUCUUCCACCAAAGGGCAAUCGCAUAUCGAGUGCUGCUGCAGUGUCUACUAUCCAGUCGCGACCAGCUACUAGUAAUGCCAUUCGCGGAAACUCAACUGCCCCUGUAUCUGAGCCUUCCACUGCUGCUAGUGCACAGUACAAAUCUAAGCAUGUUGGAAACUAUAAGCUGCUAGAAACCAUCGGGGAAGGAUCAUUCGCAAAAGUAAAACUAGCGAUUCACCGACUUACUAGGCAAAAAGUAGGUCUAAAUCCUGCUCAACAUUCUCAAUUUUCUGGACGCGACUUGGUCUUUGCAGCUUUAGGUGGAUAG